CUCUGCAGGCAUGUACGGCAAAGGCAAGAGCAACAGCAGCGUCCCGUCCGACAGCCAGGCCAGAGAGAAGUUAGCACUAUAUGUAUAUGAAUAUCUUCUCCAUGUAGGAGCACAGAAGUCUGCACAGACGUUUUUAUCAGAGAUAAGAUGGGAAAAAAAUAUCACAUUGGGCGAACCCCCAGGAUUCUUGCACUCUUGGUGGUGUGUGUUUUGGGAUCUUUAUUGUGCAGCGCCAGAAAGACGUGAAACAUGUGAACACUCAAGUGAAGCUAAAGCCUUUCAUGAUUAUAGCGCUGCAGCAGCUCCCAGUCCAGUGCUAGGAAACAUUCCCCCAGGAGAUGGCAUGCCAGUAGGUCCUGUUCCACCGGGUUUUUUUCAGCCUUUCAUGUCUCCUCGAUAUCCAGGAGGGCCAAGGCCACCUUUAAGGAUACCCAAUCAGGCAUUAGGAGGUGUCCCAGGAAGUCAGCCAUUAUUACCUAGUGGGAUGGAUCCAACACGGCAGCAAGGUCAUCCAAAUAUGGGAGGACCAAUGCAGAGAAUGACUCCACCUAGGGGAAUGGUCCCACUAGGCCCACAGUCUGACCCUUGGUUAUCAUUGCAGAACUAUGGAGGUGCAAUGAGACCCCCACUGAAUGCUUUAGCUGGCCCUGGAAUGCCAGGAAUGAACAUGGGUCCAGGAGGUGGUAGACCUUGGCCAAACCCUACAAAUGCCAAUUCUAUACCGUACUCUUCUGCUUCACCUGGGAAUUAUGUAGGUCCACCGGGAGGUGGAGGGCCACCUGGAACACCCAUCAUGCCUAGUCCAGCAGAUUCAACCAACUCUGGAGAUAACAUGUACACUUUAAUGAAUGCAGUACCUCCUGGAGCCAACAGACCUAAUUUUCCAAUGGGACCAGGGUCAGAUGGUCCAAUGGGUGGAUUAAGUGGAAUGGAUUCACAUCAUAUGAAUGGAUCAUUAGGCUCAGGAGACAUGGACAGUAUCUCCAAAAAUUCUCCAAGUAAUAUGAGUAUGAGCAAUCAGCCUGGGACCCCUCGAGAUGAUGGUGAAAUGGGGGGUAACUUUCUAAAUCCUUUUCAGAGUGAAAGUUAUUCCCCCAGCAUGACAAUGAGUGUGUGAUCCAAAACCAAGUUUCUUCGUGAAGGCUGCACUGAGUUGGCCCUCUCCAGAGAGCUACUAAAGAAGAAAAAAAAUAUUCAUCCCUGUGUACAGUUUAACAGAAAAGAUUUCUGCCACAUUUGGACCCACCAUUAUUUUCCAUCCAUCUUCCCUGUCUUGUGAAGAAAGUGGGUCUUGAUCUGAUUUCAGCUAUAAUAUGUGGCAUAUCAGAGCUGCCCAAGACUGAACUGCAAACAAUUAUCUGUGUAUGUAUAUGUAGGGAUAGGUGUAUGUAUGUGUGUGUUAAAUAUGAGCACAUACAUAUAUAGACCUGCAGGACGUUGUAAAAUAUCACAUGACAUCUUAAGUAGAAAUAAGAAAUAGGGACUUUUAUUCCAUCUUUUUUACGUUUACAUUUUAUCUUUCAAAAGAACUGCUUCCUUCUUCCCAUCCAACCUGUUUUGCGCUGUGUAUCACUGCUUUGUAAGUUAUUUUUUAAAAAAUGAUCUCAGAUACAUUCUGUUUUUGUCAUUGUCAGCCAUCAUGGUUAGGAAUAAAAUUGCUUAUUAGAGGGCUUUCAUAAAGUUUUAUUUAAUACCAGUAAUCAUGUGAAUUGAAGACUACACUUACUCAAGAAAAAAAAAAAUUAAGUGUGUUAAACUUGUUCUUUGCCUUCCUGAAAUUGAGAAAGAAAGAAAUUAGAAGAAUUUUGUGCCCUACUUCUUAAUAUAUGUCUAUUACUGCUAUACUAAACAUAUUUGCAUGGUGGUAAACGUUGAAACAAGUUUACUCCCAAGUUAUAUGUUGAAGACUAGGAUGCAUAUCCUUUAAUAUUUGCUGUCAAGGUAUGACUGAGUUUAGCUCAACUUUUUGAUCUAUGCAGAGAAAUACAAAAUACUUGUUGGGCUUUGAUUAAAGUGCUAGAGCAUCGAGGAAUAAAAUUGGCAGGAUUCCAAUGUUGGGGAAAUACUUAGUAUGAUCUUCCACAGGUAUUCUAAUUAUAAUUAAAACAGUUAUACAUUAUAUCGCUUAGGCACAAUAUUUUCUUCUAACAUCCAUCAUAAUCUCCCAAGAUUUCAUAUGCAUACUCAAAUUAUUUCAUAUGCCAAAGUGAAAGAGACACAAGUUACUUUCCCUCAUUAUACAUACUCGCUUUAUCUCCAUCUCACUAUCUAUACUUUACCAUCAAUAUUAUUAAACCACUUUGGAUGUUUCUAAAGGUCCUAUAUAAUCUUAAUGAUCAGUAAAUUCGUUACAUAAACUUUUAAUGUAGGGUAUAUGGUAUUUCAUCUGCUGCAUCAAAAACAAAAGCAGCUAUUAAUCUAAAAAUAAUUUUAAUUGGCUUUAUAUUAAAAGACCAUGGUGAAUUUCAUCCAAUAUCCUUUUUUCUUGAGUUUCAAAUAACUCAAAAAUUUAAGGUGCUUUAUAUGAGGAAAGCAUGAUGAUUUCCCCAUCCUGUUUUUGGAAAGUAAAUGACGUGUGAAAAAUUAGCUAUUUUAUAUUUAUUCCUAUUUUCAAUUUUGCUAUAAUGUUUGGUAAUUCCCAUACAGUAGCAGCUUCCAUUAUCUGCAUAUCUUGUACUGUAACUUUUUCAUUUACUUCCAUAAAUGUGGUAGUAAAUUUGCUGCCUACAAGAAUUUCCACCUAUAAGAAGUAACAAAGAAUUUUACAACAAUUGCAAUCUAUCCAAAUAUACUUCCUGCUGAAAUUGCAAUGAGAGAAUAGUUGAAUAAGAAGCAGUUUUUAAUCUGGAUUUUUUUUAAAAGGGUGAGGGGAUAUCGUUCUUUAAAUUUUAUGCUAGUAUUAAAGAAAACUUAGGGCGGUAUCCAGUCAUGUCAUUCCAGGCAAGAUAGAAUCCACCAGUGGAACAUGUUUCCUCUCACUUACCAACCAUCAAAUCUGCUCUAGAGGUUUAGGAAAUCAUAUAGAGCAAAAUUAGAUUGUACCAAGAAAGUAGAAAAAGGGAAAUGAAGUUCCAACAUGGAAGCAAAACAUGAUACUUAACAAAGCUCUUAAGUAUCACCAUUGCUUCUAAAUUAACCUUGAAGAGCUGAGUAAAGUUGCUAUGUGUAAUCUAACACAUGUUUAUAUUUUUACAAAAUUUAAUCUAUGACUCCAAAAUGUUUUAUUUCCAUUUUAUUGAACACUUGGAACAAGACAAUAAUUCUAUUUAGUAUCCAGUGAUGUUGUUUUCCUCAGAAAAGCUUUUUGAUUCGACCAAACCUUCCAUGAAUGCAGUGAGGAAAGAGAUUGUGUCUAUUCUUCAAAACGUAUUCCAGAGAAUUGAAAACAAUGGGAAGCAGGCCCUUUCUCUCCCUUUUGUUUAUGGGAACUUCUGCUGGAAUAAAGUGUCUUCUCUGAAUUGAAGGGCAGUUUUGGAUAUGAUUCCUUAACCCUAAUACUUAGUUUUUCAGAUACUCAUUUUAUGCAUGUAAAAAUCUCUGUGCCUAAUUUUUCCAGUAACUCAUUUCCAGUACAUCACAAAAUGAUAACUAUGAAUGCUGUGCACAUAAUAUCUAAUGACAAUGCUAGUUAUACAUUGUAUUUUUGUUUAGAUUAUUCUGUAUGUUCUAGUAAAUUAUUUAUAGAAUUUGGCAAUAUGAAGAACAAAAUUAAAAUAGAUAAUUGAUUUUCAGUUAUUGAUUUAUUUCUCUCAUGUUAAAGUUCCACAUGUACUGUGUGUGGUGUAAUCCUAUAUGAAUUUAAUGCCGUGAUUUUAAUUCCCACCCCCAGAAGAGUGCAUUUAGAACAAUUAAGAUGAACUUAUAUUUUACCUUGGGGAUUUUUAAUGAAAUUACUCCAAAAGCCAAAUGAAAAUGGUUCA